AUGAAUGCCGGACUGGCUCAUACUAUGGACUCGCUUUUUGGACCGCCUUCAGAGCCCGUAGAUAUUUCAGCAUUCCUUGAAUCUACUUCUUCACUACCGCACGGCUUUACCACGUCAGAACCAGAGUCUCAGGACAUCGCGGAUGAGUGCAACGUUUCAGACAUACAGCAGUCGAUUUCCGAUAUAUGGAAUGAACCUACACUUUCCGCUCACCUCAUGAAGGAUCAUGACCACAUUGUAUGCGCUCUUCAUUCCAUCAACUCGAAGACUUCGAAACCUGGACGAAAAGCGAAUCUUCCCGAUCCUGACACCUUGUCCCUUCAAGUAACGAAUCUCCAGAAGGCGAUGGAUGCCGUUUCAUUGAAGAGCUUCAAAUUGAACACAGAUGCGGUGUUGUUCAUGCGAGGCCCGAAGAACUCUGAUCAGAAUAUUCUGGACAAAGUGAUGUCAGCAGGUUCGGAUAUUGUGGCAGGAAAUCACGAUGCAAUCCUCAUUAUGUCCAUCCACGACAGAGUUCCUUGGGGACCGAGCUACGUCACACGGUCAUCCCAGCAUGUGCUGUUAGCCUCGCAAACGUUGCAGGACCUUUGUGAUACCAUCCCUUGUGUGUCGAAUAAUCUUCCGAAGGAAGUUGGUAUCCCAGAGGGUAGCGGUAGCGUCAUCGUCGUCGAAGGUCGCGUGUAUGGCAGUGACGAUUAUGCAGAGAAACUCUUUGAACACCUGAAUAAACUCGGAAAGAAAGGAUCUGAAUCCAUCUCUAAAGCACCCUCUUCCUUGCAAAAAACCAAGUUCUCCUCUCUAACUCUCCGCCUUGAUGAACCAUAUUGGCUUGUUCAUCGAGGCAACUGCGAGCACUUCCUUGUCGUUGAUCAGAUCAGGUUACUUCACCUGUCAGAUCCUCGAUCCGGGUACCCUCUCAAGCUCCAAAUCACACCUACUCUGCUGGACUUGUGCCGUGCCUGUGGAAAGAUUCCCGCAGUCUGGUCAAUUGUGGGAGAUGUUCGCCUUGGUGAGAGCCCUUGCGUCCUGUGUGGGCCAUGUUGGAAGAGCAUGGGUGAUCCUGAAGGCGAAGAGGUUGUCGCGUUGUCAUUACCUGACUACAAAUAUUAUUGA